UCCACUUCCUGUCUCAUCACUCUCACUCUGUCUCUGUUUCUCUCUCUCUGUUUUUCUCUCUCGCAAUGGUAGUCUUCCGAAGUUCUCCGUUAUGAAUUUUAGUAAAUGGUUACCGUGGAGAAAGCGGAGCCCCUCCAAGCCGAAGGGGAAGCAACGUGCUGCCGUUGCCGCGGUUGCCACGGUUGCCGCGGUUGCGUUGGAUGAACAUGAUUCUGUACAGAAGAAGACUUUCACAAAAUGGAUCAACGGCCACUUCUCCAAGACGGGGAAGACGCCCAUCAAGGACAUGUUCUCCGACCUCAGGGACGGCAGGAAGCUGCUGGACCUCCUGGAGAGCCUCACCGGGAACGUUUUGACCAAAGAGCGCGGGUCCACUCGCGUGCACGCCCUCAACAACGUCAACCGGGUCCUCCAGGUUCUGCAUCAGAACAGCGUGGACCUGGUGAACAUCGGCGGCACGGACAUCGUGGACGGCAACCACAAGCUGACGCUGGGCCUGAUCUGGAGCAUCAUCCUCCACUGGCAGGUCAAAGACAUCAUGAAGGACAUCAUGUCCAACCUGCAGCAGACCAACAGCGAGAAGAUCCUGCUCAGCUGGGUGCGGCAGUCCACGCGGGCCUACGACCAGGUCAACGUGUUCAACUUCACCACCAGCUGGGCCGACGGCCUGGCCUUCAAUGCCGUCCUGCACCACUUCAGGCCCAACGCGUUCAGCUGGGAGAAGGUGGAGGCGCUGCCCCCGGUGGAGAGGAUGGAGCACGCCUUCACCGUGGCCAAGGACCAGCUGGGCAUCGAGAGGCUGCUGGACCCGGAAGACGUGGCGGUGCAGCUGCCCGACAAGAAGUCCAUCAUCAUGUACGUCACGUCGCUCUUCGCCGUCCUGCCGAAGGAGGUCACCAUGGACGACAUCCGGGAGGUGGAGGCCCUGCCCAAGAGGUACCGGGCGGAGGCCGAGGUGGGCGGAGCCCCCAGCGCUCAGGGCUUGACCCCCGGGGAGAGCGGCAGCAGCCCCCGGGCGGAGACCCCCAGCACGGUGACGGAGAUGGAGGUGGACCUGGACAGUUACCAGGCAACGCUGGAGGAGGUGCUCACCUGGCUGCUGUCGGCGGAGGACACGCUGCAGAUGCAGGACGAGGUCUCCGAGGACGUGGAGGAGGUCAAAGACCAGUUCCACACCCACGAGGCCUUCAUGAUGGAGCUGACGGCCCACCAGAGCAGCGUCGGCAACGUCCUCCAGGGCGGCAACCAGCUGAUCGCCCAGGGCAACCUGACGGAGGAGGAGGAGGAGGAGAUCCGGGAGCAGAUGGCCCUGCUCAACUCGCGGUGGGAGAACCUGAGGGUGGCCAGCAUGGACCGGCAGGCCAGGCUCCACGAGGUCCUGAUGGACCUGCAGCAGCAGCAGCUCCAGCAGCUCUCCGAUUGGCUGACGCUGACCGAGCAGCGAAUCAGGAAGAUGGAGACAGAGCCGGCCGCCGGGCACAUAGACGGCUUCAGGGCUCAGAUAGAUCAGCACAAAGCCCUGCAGAAUGACUUGGAGACGGAACAGGUGAAAGUGAACUCCCUUACCCACAUGGUGGUGGUUGUGGAUGAGAACAGUGGUGAGAGCGCCACCGCGGCCUUGGAGGACCAAUUACAGAGUCUGGGUGAGCGCUGGGCGGCCGUGUGUCGCUGGACGGAGGAGCGCUGGCACAAGCUGCAGGACACGCUGCUGGUCUGGCAGCAGCUGCUGGAGGACCAGGAUCUGUUCAAAACCUGGCUUACGGAGAAGGAAGCCGCCCUGAGAAAGGUUCAGACCAGCAACUUCAAAGACCCGAAUGAGAUCAACGCCAACGUCCGCAGUUUAGCUGUCCUGAAGGAAGACAUGGAGAAGAAGCGUCGAGCCCUGGACCAGCUGACGGACGCGGGACAGGACGUGGUCCAGCUCCUUCAGAGCGCCGACGCGGCAGGACGGAUCGACGGGGACACGGAGGAGCUCACCCAGCAAUGGGACAACCUGGUCCAGAGGCUGGAGGACUGCUCCAACCAGGUGACGGAGUCGGUGACCAGCGGCGAGAUGCCGCGGGCCGAGGAGCGGGUCGUCGUGGCGACGGUCGCCACGGCGGCGGCAGCCGCGGAGAAAGCGUGCGCCCAGCAGGAGCUCCCGCCCCCGCCCCCCCCGAAGAGGCGGCAGCUGCAGGGAGACCUGGAGAUCAGGAAAGUGGUGGACGAUGACUUCCCCGAGGUCCUGCGCUGGGUAGCCCAGUGGAAGGCCGCCGUGCGCGCCCUGGAUUUCGCCGAACUCCGGAGGACCCGGGACAUGUCGGAAGCGGAGGGACGGCUGAAGCCUCUGGAGGAGGAGAUCUUGGAGAAGGAGCCUCGGGUCAAGGAGGUGACGCAGGGGGCGCGGAACCUUCUGGAGCAAAUGGAGAAAGACGGCGUGCCCGGAGGAGAGGAGGUGCGGAGCGCCCUGGCGUCGGCGGAGGAGCAGUGGAGGAGCUGCCGGCCGCUCCUGGAGGAGCUGAAGGAGCGCUUCCGCCUGCAGGAGCGCGUCGGCGCGCACUCGGCCCGCCUCCGCGCCGCGGGCGGGGCCAUGGACGGGCCGGAGGCGUGGCUGAGGGCCUCGGGCGGGGCCGCGCCCGAGAAGGCCGACCUGGAGACGCUGAACUCCGACUGCGAGGCCAGACUAGCCGAGCUGGUGGCGCUGGGGCCGCAGAUGAAGGAGCUAGCCGCCGGCGCGGCGGAGCUGGCCGGCGAGCUGUCCGUCCCGGCCUUCGUCCUGGAGGACGCCGCGGCCCUCUCCGCCCGCUACGCCGCCCUGCUGGAGGAACUGCAGAACAGGGACCUGGAGCUCAGCGCGGCCCUGGCCAACGCCGCCUCCCAGGAAAUGCAGGUCGCCAUGGAGACCACGCCCAGCGCGUUCGAGGCGACCGAGGCCAGGAUCAGCGCGCUGCGUGAGGGCAUCGUCGGCGUGACGACCGCGGAGGACGCCGUGGGAAAAGCGGAGACCCUGUGUGCGGAGGUGGAGCAGCUGCGUGCCGCUGAUCCCACGGAGCAGCAGAGGUGGAGCGAGCUCUCCUGCAGGGCGCAGGAUGAGCUGGGGGCCCUGCGCUGCCUGCUGGGGAGCCUCAAAGAUGCACAGGUGACGUCGGCGCAGGUGGAGAAGUGGCUGGACGGGGCGCAGGCGGUGUUGGCUCGGGACGUUUCCACACUGGGGGACGCUGAGAAACUGCAGGAGGAGCUCAACCGGUGCACGGAGUUGGCGAACGAGAUGGAGGCCACGGACACGGCUCUGAAGCAGAUGGAGGAGAACGUGAGCGCAGUGCAGACGUGCGCAGUACCCGGCCUCACCAGCUGGGGGCAGCCUCGGCUGGAGGAGCUGCAGGGCCGGUGGGGGACCCUGAGCAAGCAGCUCCUGAGCCACCGGGAGGGGGUGUCGGAGGUCCGGGAGAAGGCGGUGAAUUUGCGGAAGGACUUGGCGGAGAUGCGGGAAUGGAUGGCGCAGGCGGACGAAGAGUUCCUCAUGCGGGACUUCGAGUACAAGAGUCCGGAGGACCUGGAGGGAGCCUUGGACGAGAUGAAGAGGGCCAAAGAGGAUGUGUUACAGAAGGAAGUGCGAGUGAAGAUACUGAAGGACAACAUCAACACUCUGGUGGCGAAAUCGCCCCCUGGUGGCCAGGACCUGAUGGCCGACCUCGGCGGGGUCCUGAAAAAUUACCAAAAGCUGUGUGACCGAUUUAAGAGCAAGUGCCACACUCUGGAGGAGGUGUGGUCCUGCUGGAUCGAGCUGCUGCAGUACCUGGAGAUGGAGAACGGCUGGCUGAGCAGCCUGGAGGAGCGCGUCCAGGCCACGGAGAACCUUCCGGAGAGCAGCGAGGCCGUCAGCGAGGCCCUGGAGUCUCUGGAGUCGGUCUUGCGUCACCCAGGCGACAACCGCACGCAGAUCCGGGAGCUGGGCCAGACGCUGAUUGAUGGCGGAAUCCUGGAUGAGAUCAUCAGCGAGAAGCUGGAGGCCUUCAACAGCCGCUACGACCAGCUCAGCCACCAGGCUGUGAACAGGCAGAUCUCUCUGGAGCAGCAGCUGCCGCAGGUGCGUGAGAGCGAGCAGGCCCUGCAGGCCCUGCAGACCUCCCUCUCCCAGCUGGACCAGACGCUCACCUCCUACCUCACCGACAGGGUGGACGCCCUGCAGCUGCCCCACGAGGCCCAGACCAUCCAGGCGGAGAUCGCGGCCCACGAGGCCACCCUGGAGGACCUCCGGCGGCGGAACGUGGGCAGCCUCCCAGCCGUGUGCCCAGAGGGCAAGGCCCCCCCCCGCGGGGGCACCAUGCUGGACCAGCUGCAGAGGAAGCUCCGCGAGAUAUCGACCAAGUUCCAGCUCUUCCAGAAGCCGGCCAACUUCGAGCAGCGCAUGCUGGACUGCCGGCGGGUGCUGGAGGGCGCCAAGGCCGAGCUCCACGUGCUGGACGUCCGGGAGGUGGAGCCCGAGGAGAUCCAGACCCGGCUCAACGGCUGCAUGAAACUGUACAAGGUGCUGAGCGAGGUGAAGCUGGAGGUGGAGACGGUGAUCAAGACGGGCCGGCAGAUUGUGCAGAAGCAGCAGACUGAGAACCCCAAGAGCAUGGACGAGCAGCUGACCGCCCUCAAACUGCUGUACAACGACCUGGGGGCGCAGGUGACGGAGGGGAAGCAGGACCUGGAGAAGGCGCUCGCCCUGUCCCACAAGCUGCAGAAGGAGAGCGGCUGCCUCCGCGAGUGGCUGUCCGCCACCGAGACCGCCCUGGACCAGAAGAACUCCGCGGGAAGCAUGCCGGCCGACAUCGACGCCGAGAUCGGCUGGGCUAACGGUCUGCUGAAGGAGCUGGAGAGGAGGAAGGCGGAGCUGACGCGGGUGACGGAGAGCAGCGCCGCCCUGCAGGGCCUGGUGGAGGGGAGCGAGGAGACGCUGGAGGAGAGGCUGUGUGCGCUCGACGCCGGCUGGAACCGGGUUCGGACCGGGACCGAGGACUGGCUCAGCACCGUGCUGAACCACCAGAACGAGGUGGAGAUCUUCGACGAGAACCUGGCCCACAUCAGCACCUGGCUGUACCAGACGGAGAUACACCUGGACGAGACUGAGAAGCUGCCGGCCAAUGAGAAGGAAGAGGUGGUGAAGGCCCUGCAGGCCGAGCUGAAGGACAUCAGCCUGCGGGUGGACAGCGCGCGGGACCAGGCCGUCAUCCUCAUGACCAGCAGGGGGCCCGCCUGCAGGGAGGUGGUGGAGCCCAAACUGGCCGACCUCAACCGCAACUUCGACAAGGUGUCCCAGCAUAUCAGAGCCGCCAGGCUGUCGACGAGCCUGGAGCCUGUUGCCGUGGAGAUGCAGGAGGUGCGGGAGGUGCAGGCCCCGGUGACCCUGAGCUCCAGGCAGCUCCUGGACUUUGAGGGAGAGUUACUGGCCAGUCUCAGUGCUCUGGAUGCACAACAAGAUCCUGCCCAGGAUGACGACAAGGUGGAUGAGGAGAAGGCGCACGUGGAGGAGGUGCUGAGGAGGGGCGAGGAGGUGCUCCUGCAGAUCCCGGACGAGGCCAAGAAAGAGGAGCUGCGCAGGAAUCUGCUCCGGCUGCAGAUGCAGUACACCACCAUGAGGGAGUUGAACAUUCUCCGAGUUCAGCAGACUACUGAGGUCUCCCAUGAUGGAAUUGCAUUCAGUUGGUCGGAGCCAAGGAAAGAGGUUUCCCCGGGGCUGCUGGGAGCUGUAGUGGAUAAGACGUCUCUGGAGGCGACACCGAGCAGGGAGGAGGUGGUGGAGGAGGAGGAGGUGCAGGAGGAGGAAGAGGAGGUGGUGGUGGUGACGGAGGUGAAGACGCCGUCCCUCCUGCCCUCCGACUACCUGCUGGACAUCAACAAGGUCCUGCUGGCCAUGGCCGACAACGAGCUCCUCCUGAACUCCACGGAGCUGAGCCGGGGUCUGUACGAGGACUUCUCCAGCCAGGAGGACGCGCUCAAGAACAUCAAGGACAGCCUGGAGAGGCUGGAGGACCAGGUGGCGGCGAUCCACGAGAGACAGCCGGACGCCAUCCAGGAGGCGUCCCGCUCCGAGGUGGCCCAGAUCGGGGACGCGCUGACCCAGCUCAACGCCGAGUGGGACCGGGUCAACAGGAUGUACAACGACCGGAAAGGGUGCUUCGACAAGGCGGUGGAGGAGUGGCGCCACUUCCACUGCGACCUGAACGACCUGGGCCAGUGGGUGAGCGAGGCGGAGCAGGUGUUGGCUGAUGGGAAGGGCCCCGACGGCGCCGUUGACCCGGAGACGGCGAAGGCGCACCAGGAGGAGCUGGAGGAGGGCCUGAUCAGCCACCAGCCAAUCCUGUCCAGCCUCAACCAGACGGGCGAGCGCAUCAUUGGCCAGCUCUCCGCCCCCGACAGCAGCCUGCUGGAGGAGAAGCUGGAGGGCCUCAACCACCGCUGGAGGAGCGUGCACCGCGAAGUCCGCGAACGCCAGCGCAGGUUGGCGGGAGGCGACCCGGCGUUGGCGGAGUUGGCGAGGCGCUCGGACGAGCUGGCGCUGUGGCUGGAGCAGGCGGAGUGCGCCGCGCGCUCCCUGUCUGUCGUCGGCAUGGCGACGGACAAGAACCUCAAAGAGCUCAAGGCCCUGGCGGAGGAAAUGGAUGCUCAGAACGAACGCUUAAUCUGGCUCAACAAGAACGGGCCGCACAUCCUGGCCAGCAAGUCGGUCAGCCUGCAGGAGAGGGACCAGCACAUGACCCGGCUCCGAGCCAUCAACAUGAACUGGAGCAAUGUGACCAGGGACCUGCUGGACAAAGUGGGCGAGGUGGAGGCCUGUCUGCAGGGACAGGGUCAGUUCCAGGACAGGAUGAACCGGCUGACGGACUGGGUGGUCCUCACCCACCAGUCCCUGUGCAUGAGGACCCCCGGGAGCCUGUCCCCGUCCGAGCACCAGGUGCUGGAGAUGUCUUUGAGGGAACGCAAACGGGACCUGGAGGAGCUGCUCUCCAGGUCCAUCGAGCUGCAGAGACAGCAGCUGCUGCUCCCGCAGGAGAAGAUCAAGGUGGAGCAGCUGGCGGCGGACUGGAAGGCGCUGGACGUGGCGGUAAAGGAGGUGGCACAGCACCCAGUGUCCAGCUGGACCCACCAGGUUGCCCAGCAACCACUCUCCGUUUCGGCGGUGCCCUCGGCGGUCCAGAUGGCGAGCCUGAUGAGCGGGGCGGACCUCCGGCACCACGCCCCCGGCAGCCCCGACCUGGUGGCCCCCACCGACCUGAACGAGACAGCCACCGAGCUCGGCGAUUGGCUGCUGCUCAUCGACCAGAUGCUCAAGUCCAACAUCGUCACCGUGGGCGACGUGGACGAGAUCUGCACCACCAUCGGCCGCCUGAAGGUGACCAAGAGCGACCUGGAGCAGAGGCACACCCAGCUGGAGGCCAUCUUCACCCUGGCCCAGAACAUCAAGAACAAGACGUCCAACCUGGACGUGCGCACGUCCAUCACCGAGAAACUGGAGAAGGUGCGGUGCCAGUGGGAUAACACCCAGCACGGCGUGGAGGCCCGACUGCUUCAGCUCGAUCACAUGAUCACCCACAGCAACCAAUGGGAGGAGCAGAGGAGGGAGGUGAACGCUCUGAUUGGUCAGAACGAGGCGCGGCUGCACAACCUGCAGAUGCUGAGCAAGGACCCCCUGACCAAGCAGCUGAGCGACAGCAAGGUGUUCCUGCAGGACCUGAGCAAGGCCCAGGCCACCGUGGGCUCCUUCAACCAGCUGUCCGCGCAGCUCGUGCAGGAGUACGCCGACGACGACACCAGGAGGAUAACAGAGGUCACGGAGACUCACAACAUGGCCUGGAACACCAUUAACAACAGGGCCAGCGACCGGCACGCCUGCCUGGACGGCGAGCUGAAGAGCCUGCAGGCCUCUCUACGGGAGCUGGAGGGCUUCCUCAAGUGGCUGCAGGAGGCGGAGACCACCGUCAACGUGCUGGCCGACGCCUCCCACAGGGAGGAGCUCUCCCAGGACUCCGCCCACAUCAAGGAGCUGAGGGGUCAGCUGGAGGACAUCCAGGCGGAGAUCGACGCCCACAAUGACAUCUUCAAGAGCGUGGAGGGCAACCGGCCCAAGAUGGUCAAGGCGCUGGGCAACUCGGAGGAGGCCGUCUUCCUGCAGCAGCGGCUGGACGACAUGAACCAGCGCUGGACCGAGCUCAAGGCCAAGUCCGCCAACAUCAGGGUGCACCUGGAGGCCAGUGCUGAGCGGUGGAGCCGGCUCCUGGCCCUGCUGGAGGAGCUGUGGAGGUGGCUGGGUCUGAAGGAGGAGGAGCUGAGCAAGCAGAAGCCAAUCGGAGGAGACAUCCCCACCCUGCUGCAGCAGCACAACCACUGCACGACCCUCCAGAGCGAGCUGAGGUCCAAGGAGCCCAUGGUGGUCAGCACCCUGGACCAGUCCUGCAUGUUCCUGGCCGACCAGCCCAUCGAGGGCCCAGAAGAGCCACGCCGGAACCUGCAGCCCAAAACCGAGCUGACGGCGGAGGAGAAGGCCCAGCGGGUGGCCAAGGCCAUCCGGAAGCAGACGGCGGAGGUCCGGGAGCGGUGGGACCGGCUCGGCGUCCAGGCGGCGGGCUGGCAGCAGCAGGUGGACCGGGCCCUGGAGAAGCUCCAGGACCUCCAGGACGCCGCGGCCCAGCUGGACCUGCGGCUGGCCCAGCUGGAGGACACCAAGGCCGGCUGGCAGCCCGUGGGCGACCUGCUCAUCGACUCGCUGCAGGACCACAUCGAGAAGACCACCGCCUUCAAGGAGGAGAUCGCGCCGCUGAAGCAGGACGUCCGGGUGGUGAACGAGCUCUCCAGCCAGCUGACGCCCCUCGACGUCCAGCUCGCCCCCAGCGUGUCGCGCCAGCUGGACGACCUCAACAUGCGCUGGAAGCUCCUGCAGGUGGCCGUGGACGAGCGCCUCAAACUGCUGCAGGAGGCUCAUCGGGAUUUCGGGCCCUCGUCCCAGCACUUCCUGUCCACCUCUGUGCAGUUGCCGUGGCAAAGAGCGGUGUCCCAGAAUAAGGUUCCCUACUACAUCAACCACCAGACCCAGACCACCUGCUGGGAUCACCCCAAGAUGACGGAGCUGUUUCAGAGUAUGGGUACGACAUCAUUUCCUGUCUUUACAGUUCAGCGUCUGAACACGCUUCUCCCACCGACCGCCAUGAAGAUCCGCCGGCUGCAGAAGGCCUUGUGCUUGGACCUGCUGGACCUGAACGUGGCCCAGAACACCUUCGAGCGGCACAAGCUGACGCAGAACGCCCAGCUGCUCAACGUGCCCGACGUCAUCAACUGCCUGACCACCAUCUACGACGGCCUGGAGCAGAACCACAAGGACCUGGUCAACGUGCCCCUCUGCGUGGACAUGUGCCUCAACUGGCUGCUGAACGUCUACGACACGUACGCACCACGCCACGCCCCGCCUCCUCAGUCUUACCGCGAUUUUCCGCUCACGUUGCCGCUGAGUUCUAGUCAGGAGAGCAGAAUAACAGGCUGUAAUCUCAAUCCGCAUGUCAUCUUUAGUGUGUAUUUGCUCUGCAAACUGCGGCCGAUCCGUCCCCAGCUGGUUUGUGAAGCCCCGCCUCCCUGUCCUCCCGCAGAUCUGUUCCGGCAGGUAGCGGGCCCGGGGGACACCUGCGACCAGCGGCAGCUGGGGCUGCUCCUGCACGACGCCAUCCAGAUCCCGCGCCAGCUCGGCGAGGUGGCGGCCUUCGGAGGGAGCAACAUCGAGCCCAGCGUCCGCAGCUGCUUCCAGCACGUGACCAAUAAGGUGGAGCUGCAGCCGCGGCAGUUUGUGGACUGGAUGCAUCUGGAGCCGCAGUCCAUGGUGUGGCUGCCAGUCCUCCACCGCGUCGCCGCCGCCGAGACCGCCAAGCACCAGGCCAAGUGCACCAUCUGCAAGGAGUGUCCCAUAGUGGGCUUCAGGUACCGCAGUCUGAAGCACUUCAACUACGACGUCUGCCAGAGCUGCUUCUUCUCCGGACGCACCGCCAAGGGCCACAAGCUCAACUACCCCAUGGUGGAGUACUGCACCCCUACGACCUCUGGGGAGGACAUGCGGGACUUCACCAAGGUGCUGAAGAACAAGUUCCGCUCCAAGAAGUACUUCGCCAAGCACCCGCGGCUGGGCUACCUGCCGGUCCAGACGGUCCUGGAGGGCGACAACAUGGAGACCCCUGUCACGCUCAUCAGCAUGUGUCCAGAGCAGUAUGAGCUCUCCCAGUCUCCUCAGCUUUCGCAGGACGACACUCAUUCCAGGAUAGAGCAGUACGCCAGCAGGUUGGCACAGAUGGAGAGGUCCAACGGCUCUCUGCCGACAGACAGCAGCUCCGCGACUGGAAGCGUUGACGACGAGCACACCCUGAUCCUGCAGUACUGCCAGACCCUGGGGGGGGAGUCCCCCCUCAGCCAGCCCCAGAGCCCCGCCCAGAUCCUGCAGGCGGUGGAGAGGGAGGAGAGGGGGGAGCUGGAGCGCAUCAUCGCACGCCUGGAGGAGGAGCAGAGGAACCUGCAGCUGGAGUACGAGCAGCUGAAGGAGCAGCACGGUCAGAGGGCGGUGUCGGAGCUGGCGGGGCAGCACGGCGGGGCGGAGGAGGCCGACCUCCUGGCCGAGGCCAAACUCCUGCGGCAGCACAAGGGCCGUCUGGAGGCCCGCAUGCAGAUCCUGGAGGACCACAACAAGCAGCUGGAGUCCCAGCUCCACCGACUCCGACAGCUGCUGCACCAGCCCGAGGCCGACUCCAGGAUCAACGGCGUCUCCUCGUCCAGCGUUCUCCAGCAGAGUCUCAACGAGGACGUGGAGCCCCAGCCCGAAUUCGCAGCACCAAGCCUUGCUCCCAGACAGCAGGUGAUGUGAAGGCAGAGCAGCACGGGCAGUCGGAAGGAAGAGCUCCCCCCUGAUUGGACGACAGACUUCACAGACUUUGGCACGGUGGCCCCGCCCCCUCGGAAAGAUUGACAGGAGGAGAGGAGGCCUCCGGUGGAAUCUCACCCAAGACCCAAAGACAUGGACCAGGACCACAGAACUUUUACCGCGUUGUCAUCGUGUACUAUGCAAUUGUAAAUUUUAGGAACUGUAGAUUGUACUCGACUUUGGUUAAGCAUUUGUCAGUGAUUUGAAGAUGAAGGGGGGGAGGGGGUGGGAACGGGAGGCUUUAUAACACAUACAGAUACAUAUAAUAUUUUCUUUUGUCUUCUUUUUUUGUUGUUCGUUUGUCUGUUCGUUCGGUUUGCUGUCGCUGGGAAAUUUUAAAUCAUUACCGUACAUUAUGACAUUCCACUGGUUUUUUUUUCUUUCUUUUUUUUUUGCAUUAACACUGAAGAAAUUUGGUUUCCUUCUCUGCACAUAAUGACCACCCUUUUUAAAGAUGUCCUCACUUCGACCAUCACUAUUUUUUUAAUAGCGUGUGCUGUGAACACUUGCCCCUUUAAAAGUGUCAGUGUGCGUCGAACAGGCUGUAAGCGCACUGAACGUGCACUGUGUUGUAGCAUUUGGAAACCCCCAUUGUGCCUAUACAGAUGCCAUUCCAGUCAACUGCAGAAUACUGAAAAUCGCGCGUCUGAGAUCGUGAAAAGAAGUAGAAAUACAAAACCCGUACAUAAUUGCUUCUACCAGGAUCAGGAUUGGAGUCCCGACAUUCGUUUCGCGUAAGUUUUUAUAAAUGUUUUCAAUCAGACGAAAGCCAUGACUGCCUUGCUACCUCAGACACAAACACCUUUUCGUUAGCGCUUUGUCUGUGCUGGUUUUGUUUCGAUUUUUUUUAUUUAUUUUAAUGUUUUUUGUUUUGUUUUGUUUUGUUUUUUUGGACACGUAUCACACGAAAACACAAAGCUUUCACUGGCUGACGCUGUCGUACUGUCCGGAUGAGGAAAGAAAGAGAAAGUUGGCAGUCGAGAAUACAAAAAGAAAACAAAAAAAGGACAAACUCUUAUUCAACCAACCGGCGCAGUGGCCUUCGUCCGUCGCUUGGAUAUGCCUGUACACCUUUCUUUGACCUUCUAACUGGCGAUUUUCCUCUACAGUGUGCGCAAAAUGUGUGCUGUACUAUGCUCUCCUGUAACUGUUAGUUUUAACGCUACUAUAAAUCUCUCCAGCUACGUCCUUCGAUGAUGAAAUAGUGAACUUUGCUAUGAAAAGAACUCUGUCGUCAUUUUCAGGUAUGUAGUCUAGACUGAUCACACUACAUCUAAUAUGGCUAAAAAUAUGUUUUAUUCUAAAUAAAUGUUUUAUAACAAGUA